AUGGCGGCUCCCGUCCUGCCUCUCCAGCAGGUGAAGCUCGCCUCGCUACCUUCAACCCGCCUUACACCUGAGCAACAAUACUGGCGCACCUUCAAGAACCCUCUCCUCAUUCCUUCUCCCGCCAAUGGCCCUGUCAAUCUUAUCACCCAGCCUGCCGUGCCGUCCUCGCCUGCGGUCUUUCCCUCCUUGUCACAACCUCCAGAUGUCUUCACUGUGACCACCGGUGCGCGAGUUCAGAUCUACUCUAUUCGUACUCGAAAGCUACUGCGAACAAUUACCCGAUUCGACGACACAGUACGCGGUACUGAUGUACGACCUGAUGGACGUGUGAUAGUUACGGGUGAUGAUACAGGCACAGUACAGGUCUUCGAUGUUAGCUCCCGUGCUAUCCUGAAGACAUGGAAGGAUCACAAGCAGCCCGUCUGGGUGAGCAAGUUCUCUCCAAGUGAUCCUACCACUCUCCUUACAGCAAGUGAUGAUCGAACGGUCCGUCUAUGGGAUCUCCCCGCCGAGUCUAGUCAGCGCACCUUCGUUGGUCACACCGAUUAUGUGCGCAGUGGUGCUUUCAUGCCUGGCGCAAUGGCCUCGUCUGGAUUACUGGUGUCUGGUUCUUAUGAUCGUACUGUGCGCAUUUGGGAUCCACGAGUAGAGAGCCGCGCUGCUAUGACUUUCAAGAUGGCGGCUCCAAUUGAGGAUAUUUUGCCUAUGCCCGCUGGUACUACCGUUCUGGCUGCUGCCGAUAAUAAGAUUGCGGUGCUGGAUAUUGUGGCUGGUAAGCCGUUGCAUAUGAUUCAAAAUCACCAGAAGACUGUUACAUCUCUCGCGUUGGCGUCUAAUGGCGAGCGAUUGAUCAGUGGUGCGUUGGAUGGUCACUUGAAGGUCUUUGAGACUACAGGUUGGAACGCUGUUUCCGGUUCCAAGUACCCCUCACCUAUUCUGUCUCUGAAUGUCGUCACUUCUGGAUUGGCAUACGAGGAUAAGCACAUUGCUGUUGGUAUGCAGUCUGGUCUGCUCUCCGUCAAGACUCGUCUUUCUGGGCAACAAAAGGUUAAGGAGCGCGAGCGUCGGAAGGAGAUGGAAGCCCUGCUUGAGGGCAAAUUGGAGGAACACGACCGGGCAGUUGCAAAGAAGAACAAGUCGCGUGGCUCAGGCUGGGAGAAGCGAUUGCGUGGACGUGAAUUCAUCGGCGAAGGCGUUGAUAUUGUGAUUGAAGGCCAAGACAGCAAGAAACGCAAGAAGGAGGCAUCAUGGGAGCAGGAUCUGCGCAAGGGCCGAUAUGCCUCCGCCAUGGAUCAAGUUCUCUCCGGAACCGAUAAGAACUCGCAACUUACUAUGUUCACUGCUCUCCGCCACCGUUCAGCUCUGCGUACUGCUCUCCAAGAUCGCGAUGAGGUCACUCUCCAACCAGUGCUGUCUUGGGUCUACAAGCAUAUCCGCGAGCCUCGCCUUGUUGAACUUUGUGUGGAGGUUGCGAUGGAUCUUCUGGAGAUUUACUCUGCCAAUCUGGGGCAGUCAGCUCAGGUGGAUAAGUUGGUGGAUCGGUUGCAUACCCGGGUGCGUGAUGAGGUUGAAAUGUCUCAGAAUGCAUUCCAGUUAAAGGGUGCAUUGGACAUGUUGAAGGCAUGA